UACAAACGCCUUUUCUUCAUUUUUUUAAUAAUUUUGCAUAAGGCAUGAUGGUGGAAGGUUCAGCAUUCACCAGAAACGAUGUCUUUCAAAUGGCUAUUCGUGUUGCUUUUGUAUCAGCCGUCACAUAUUUUUCUAUAAAAUGGCUUGUGAACCAGAUAGACCCAACGUCGAAAAGUCGGAAGAAAGCUGAGGAGCGAGCCCGUGAACAGUUACGCAAGAUGUCUUCCAGAGCGGGGUUGGGCGGCAAGCAUUCAGUGGCGCUGGACAAACUGACGGACCAUGAGAUGAUCAUCGCCUCUCAGCUUGUUGUACCUGAUGAGAUUAAUGUUAACUGGAAGGACAUAGCUGGGUUGGAUCACUUGAUUCAAGAACUCCGUGAGACUGUAAUUCUGCCCAUACAGAAACGAGAACUCUUUGCUGAUAGCAGACUUACACAGCCGCCUAAAGGAGUGCUAUUACAUGGACCUCCAGGUUGUGGUAAAACUCUAAUUGCGAAGGCCACCGCUAAGGAGGCUAACAUGAGCUUCAUAAACCUGGACGUAUCUCUACUGACUGACAAGUGGUACGGUGAAACACAGAAGUUGGCAGCUGCCGUCUUCAGUCUUGCGGUUAAACUGCAGCCGUGUAUUGUCUUCAUAGACGAGAUCGAAUCAUUCCUGCGCACGCGCACGCAGCACGACCACGAGGCGACAGCCAUGAUGAAGACACAGUUCAUGUCGUUGUGGGACGGUCUCAUCACAGACAAUAACUGCACCGUCAUCAUAAUGGGUGCUACAAAUCGUCCUCAAGACCUGGACAAGGCGAUCCAGCGCCGUAUGCCCGCCACCUUCCAUGUACCUAUGCCCAGCGAGCAGCAGCGGGAGCGCAUCCUGCAGCUUAUACUGCGAUCUGAACCUGUUGCUAAUGACAUUGACUACCGGAGGCUGGCGAGUGCUACUGAGGGCUUCUCAGGCUCUGACCUGCACGAGCUGUGUCGUCAGGCUGCAGUAUACCGCGUGCGAGAACUAGCCCGGGAUUCAGACCAGAGUACAACAAACAGAACAUCAAAUUCAGAUUCAGACGAGGAAUAUGUAGAUGCAGUAAGACCCAUUACAAUGGAAGAUAUGAGACUGUCUCUUAAUAAACUGAAGGAAUCUAAAAUACAGUGCGGCACGCUGGCGGCUAGCAUGCGGAUAGAGCUAGACUAGACCUAGGGCUAUGUACCUAGGGCCACUGCUUAUCUAUGGCCUCUGUGUACCUAGGGUUACAAUUUGUCUAGGUUUAGGACACAUUAUAGACAAGAUUAGCACAUGGCUGUGCCCGGUUUUUGAGUAACACAGAUGUUACAUUUGUGUAUUGCAUUUGGUGUUAAUAUUUACAGUUUCUGUAUUAAAUUUACUUUUUUUUCUGCCUUUUAU